AUGAACGGCGCCCAGUUUACUGACCGGGCCAACAAGACCCUCCUUGAUUCGGGUGCCUUGUGCGAACAGUACGCACACACCCAGAUUCUCCCACUUCACCUUGCAGUCGCAUUGCUCAACCCUCUUCCCGAUGAGUCCCAAGAUCAACAAACGCCCUCUGGGGCUCACUCGUCGCAUGAUACUGCGACUGCACCCCUCUUCCGACAAGUCGUUGAGCGCGCCCAUGGCGACUCUCAACUCCUCGACCGAGCGCUUAUGAAGCUGCUGGUCCGACUACCAAGCCAAGACCCCCCACCAGAGAACCCGAGCCUCUCACCUCAGAUCGCCAAAGUCAUUCGAUCUGCCACGGAUCUGUCCAAGACCCAGAAAGACAGCUUUGUUGCCGUUGAUCACCUGAUUCAAGCUGUUUGCCAAGAUCCCCAGGUUCAACGUGCACUUGGCGAUGCCAACAUUCCCAACCUCAAAUUGAUCGAUAGUGCUAUUCAGCAAAUUCGCGGCACACGGCGCGUUGACUCCAAGACCGCCGAUGCGGAAAGCGAAAAUGAAAACCUUAAGAAAUUCACUAUCGACAUGACCUCUUUGGCUCGGGAAGGAAAAAUCGAUCCGGUCAUUGGUCGCGAGGAAGAAAUUCGCCGAGUUAUUCGGAUUCUCAGCCGACGCACAAAGAACAACCCUGUCCUCAUCGGUGAACCCGGUGUGGGUAAAACCACCAUCGUUGAAGGUCUCGCCCGCCGCAUUGUUAACGCCGACAUCCCCGCCAACUUGGCACAAUGCCGUCUUCUUUCAUUGGACGUGGGAUCUCUCGUCGCGGGCAGCAAGUACCGUGGUGAAUUUGAGGAACGCAUGAAAGGUGUUCUCAAGGAAAUUGAAGAUUCCAAGGACACCAUCGUUCUCUUUGUUGAUGAGAUUCACCUGCUUAUGGGCGCUGGAUCCAGCGGCGAGGGUGGCAUGGAUGCCGCCAACCUCCUCAAGCCCAUGCUCGCCCGUGGCCAGCUGCACUGCAUUGGUGCUACCACUCUCAGCGAAUAUCGCAAGUAUAUUGAGAAGGACCAAGCCUUCGAGCGACGUUUCCAGCAGGUUCUGGUGAAAGAACCUUCUAUCCCAGAGACCAUCUCCAUUCUUCGCGGUCUCAAGGAGAAGUACGAAGUCCACCACGGUGUCAACAUCCUCGAUGGUGCCAUUGUGGCAGCUGCAACUCUCGCGCCACGAUACCUGACGGGCCGACGUCUUCCUGAUUCUGCUGUUGAUCUUAUUGACGAAGCUGCGGCUGCAGUCAGAGUCACCCGCGAAUCCGAGCCAGAAGCUCUUGACACACUUGAGCGCAAGGCUCGCCAGCUCCAGAUUGAAAUCCAUGCUCUUGAACGUGAAAAGGACGACGCCUCAAGGGCUCGUCUUGAGGCGGCCAAACAGGAAGCCGCCAACGUCGGAGAAGAGCUUCGCCCAAUGCGGGAGAAGUAUGAGACCGAGAAGCAGCGCAGCCGCGAGGUCCAAGAUGCGAAGAUCAAGCUUGACUCCUUGAAGGUCAAGCGUGACGAGGCUGAGCGCUCUGGUGACACUCAAACCGCUGCUGAUCUUGAGUACUAUGCGAUCCCAGAGACAAAGACCUUGAUCGAACGUCUUGAGAAAGACCGAGCCAAGGCUGAUGCCGAGCGUCGCGCCAAUGCUGCUGAUGAGGGCGAAGCACUCCUUGCUGAUGCAGUCGGUCCUGAGCAAAUCAAUGAGAUUGUGGCUCGGUGGACCGGUAUUCCUGUCACUAGACUCAAGACCACCGAGAAGGACAAGCUGCUCAAGAUGGAGAAGUAUCUUGGCAAGCUAGUUGUUGGCCAAAAGGAAGCCGUUACCUCGGUCUCCAACGCAAUUCGUCUCCAGCGCUCAGGUCUUAGCAACCCUAACGCGCCCCCUAGCUUCUUGUUCUGCGGUCCAUCCGGUACCGGUAAGACCCUUCUCACCAAGGCUCUUGCCGAGUUCCUCUUCGACGACCCCAAGGCUAUGAUCCGAUUCGACAUGUCGGAAUACCAAGAGCGACACUCUCUCAGUCGCAUGAUUGGUGCCCCUCCCGGAUAUGUCGGUCACGAUGCCGGCGGUCAACUUACUGAAAACCUCCGUCGUCGUCCAUUCUCGAUCCUCCUAUUCGAUGAAGUUGAAAAGGCCGCCAAGGAAGUUCUCACUGUUCUCUUGCAACUGAUGGACGACGGUCGGAUUACCGAUGGCCAAGGUCGCAUUGUUGACGCGAAGAACUGCAUUGUGGUCAUGACCUCCAACUUGGGCGCUGAACACCUCGCCCGGCCCACAACCAGGGAGGGACGCAUCGACCCCACGACCCGCGAGUUGGUCAUGGAAUCUCUGCGCAACUACUUCCUUCCCGAGUUCCUCAAUCGUAUCUCCAGCACCGUCAUCUUCAACCGCCUCACCAAGCGUGAGAUCCGCAAGAUCGUUGAUCUUCGUCUCAAAGAGGUUCAGCAACGCUUGGAUCAAAACGAUCGCCGUGUCUUCAUCAAUUGCUCAGAUGAAGUUAAAGAUUACCUCGGCGCGGCCGGUUACUCCCCUGCCUACGGCGCUCGUCCGCUUGGUCGACUCAUUGAGCGCGAGGUGCUCAAUCGCCUCGCUGUUCUCAUUCUCAGGGGCAGUAUCAAGAAUGGAGAAGAAGCUAAUGUCAUAAUGACUGAUGGCCGCAUUGAGGUCCUGCCCAAUCAUGAGGAUGAUGAUCUCAGUGAUGACGAGAUGACGGAUGUCGAUGAUGCGGAUGCUAUGGAUGGCGUCGAGUCGCCAGACCUCUACGACGACUGA